UUGAGGACAAACCCCAAGAAUUGAUCAACUUUUACGUGUGAACAAUCAGUGAAAAUCACACAGCAGACGUGUACGUGUGGUAGUAGGAAAGGGUAGAAAUGCAGAUGUUUCUCUCUCGAAUGCACAGGCCAUGUCUGGCUAGGAGCUCAAAUUAUUGGAAUGUAAUUGAUUUCACGGCCAGAUUCUACCGGCCUAGCGGUGCAUUAUGUCAGAAGUCUGCAGCAGUGAACCACACAUUCUCUGAUCUCCCGGAGAUGCCUAAGUGCCACUUCAGUCCUGAGCCGUACCAGGGCAUGUCUGCCAAGCAGAUGAUGCAUAUUAGGCAACAGAACUGCAACCCCAUGACUAUGAAGGUGACCUCAUACAAAAAGCCAGUGUUUAUCCAUCAGGGCCACAUGCAGUGGCUGUGGGAUGUGGAUGGUAGGCGUUACUUGGACCUCUUUGCUGGAGUGGCCACAGUCAGUGUCGGUCACUGUCAUCCGAAGGUGACAGCUGCAGCAGAGAAACAAUUAAGACGCCUUUGGCACACAACGAACAUCUACGUUUACCCUACCAUCCAUGAAUACAUAGAGAAGUUAGUGGCUCUUCUUCCUGAACCACUGAAGGUGGUGUACCUGACAAAUAGUGGUUCAGAGGCCAAUGAUUUGGCCAUGCUUAUGGCACGUCUACACACUGGCAACUUUGACAUUAUUACCUUCAGAGGUUCAUAUCACGGUGGUAGCCCACAGACUAUGGGACUAACGUCAAACACAGCAUACAAGUAUCCUGUUGCCUCUGGACUCGGUUGUCAUAAUACCAUGUGUCCUGAUGUGUUCAGAGGCCCCUGGGGAGGCAGUCACUGUAGGGACUCCCCCAUCCAGACCUAUCGGCAAUGUAGCUGCCCCUCAGACCAUUGUCAGGCCAAUGACAUGUAUAUUAGUCAGCUGAAAGAAGUUUUUGCCACUAGUGUUCCAAGUCGAAUUGCUGCUUUCUUUGGUGAGCCUAUACAGGGUGUGGGCGGGUCUGUUCAGUACCCUAAGGACUAUUUGAAAGAGGCCUACAAGCUUGUGCGUGAACGAGGAGGCGUCUGCAUUGCAGAUGAGGUCCAGACUGGGUUUGGACGUACAGGAAGCCACUACUGGGGAUUCCAAGGUCAUGGUGUUAUUCCAGAUAUGGUUACCAUGGCAAAGGGCAUAGGUAAUGGAUUUCCAAUGGGGGCAGUUGUCACAACUCCAGAGAUUGCCAGCUCAUUUGGAAAAGGAGUUCACUUCAACACAUUCGGUGGCAAUCCAGUGGCAUGUGCCAUCGGCUCCUCAGUGCUUGAUACAAUAGAGGAAGAUGGAAUCCAAAAGAUAAGUGCUGUUGUUGGCACGUAUCUGCUGGAAGAACUUGCAAAGCUGCGUGAUAAGUAUGAAAUCAUUGGUGAUGUACGUGGCAAGGGACUCAUGAUUGGCAUUGAGAUGGUCAAAGACAAGGCAAGUCGUGACCCUCUUCCCCCUGGUGACGUGGCUGAGAUCUUUGAGGGCGUCAAAGAUAUGGGAGUUCUUAUUGGGAAAGGAGGCGUGUAUGGACAGACCUUCAGGAUCAAGCCCCCCAUGUGCAUCACAAAAGAGGAUGCUGAUUUCUUCCUAGCUGUUUUCAAUCAGGCAGUGGUCAACUUCAUGGAGAGGAGAUGAAUGCCCCAGUGAGACUGGAAUGAGACCUGGUUUGGACACUGAUUUCUCCAGCAUAGAUAUGGUGUGGCAUGGGAUUACUGUUUAUAAAGCUUGAUGUGAAGUCCUAGCACAGCUGUAAGGUGCAUGCUACACUACUGACCGGUGAUUUGGUUUUAAUGUCAGGGCAGAAUAUUUUAAUUUCAGGAUCCAUGAUGGAAAUUAAAAUUAGCCAGAAUUUGUGACUUUCAGUAACAGACUUAUACUACAUUUACACAUCUACAGUCUGUAUUCACCUGAAAUCAUAUUUACAUUUUUUAUCUUUAAAAUCAAAGAUUGAAUUCGAUAUUAGAAGAAUAUCCAGUCUCUUGGCUCACAGCAGAAUAUGCUCUUUAAACCUGGCACCAGAACACCCAUCUCACAGGAAACACAAUAACUAAGCUAUUAAUGUAAAGCAGUCCUAGGGUAAAGUUCAUCAGCACAGUAGGCUGAGAUUACAGUCCAGAUUAAGCUAUUUUCUGUUAGUCUCAAUAGGAGCGAGGCUGUAGCAUCUGCAUCUGGAAGAGGUUACUACCCUUCCCCCUACCCCAACUCUUUAGAUUGAUUAUCUUUCAACCAGCAUCCAACACUAAAGUGCCUUUCAUUUGGACUCUGCGGGUAGGUGGAAAACAAUUAAACAAAUGAAUAAUGAAUGAAUUAACCUAAAAUUAACACUAAACUGUUUUGAAAACCUUGAUGCACUGUUUAUUCAAUAAACUGCCUGACAUUGUUUUUUA